GGUGCUGGUGGGAACUGCGGUUAAUGACAUAGCUGGAAACAGUGGCUCAUCUGAUAUGAGCCAGCCAGGUGCACUUUUUGAAAGAGGAUGGCUGGGUACACCCAUAGAUGAGCUGAACCGAAUGCCCCAGUGUGCCCCCCCUCUGUCUCACCUGAAAGCAGUGCCUAACCACACUGUCGCAGUCAGGACAGAUCUCCUCAGAGAGGGAGAGGUCCCUGUUUCAUACCCUAGCAAGUUCAAAGAUGCGUGGGAUGAUGUGUCCGUGAAGAUGCCCUGCUCUGAGAGGAAUCUGUUUCCUAUGGAGACUGAGGAGGGAGGUGGUGUCCAAAGUCGGUGGGAGCUGAUCCACACUGCCCUGCAGGGAGGGUUCAAAAGUUCUCUGGAUGUGAGGGAUGCUAUAUUGAGAUACAACAUAGCCCAUGCAAAGAAAUGGGACUUCACUGCCCUGAACCUUCUUUGCACAGAGUAUCUCGACCAUUCAGAGACACAACUACUGUUCGAGGCCCUACUACCAGCUAUGGUUGACCUCGCACUCAGUGCUCCUAGCCUCUGUACGAUGCCAAUUCCCCUUCUGAAGUCAAGGAUGAACCACUCCCUGACUCUGUCUCAGGAGCAAAUAGCCUGUCUUCUGGCCAAUGCCUUCUUCUGCACAUUCCCCCGACGCAACUCCCGCAAGUCGGAGUACUGCAAUUAUCCUGAGAUCAACUUCUACAGGUUGUUUGAAGGUUCUUCACCAAAAAAAAUCGAGAAAUUGAAAACUCUGCUGUGUUAUUUCAGGAGGGUUACACAGACAAGGCCUAAGGGUCUUGUUACAUUCACAAGACAAACACUAAACAGUCCUCCAAACUGGGAAAGUUCACAGACGCAGCUGAAACGCUUGCAUAUCACUUGUGAAGGGACCAUUGAGGAUGAUGGAUAUGGGAUGCUGCAGGUGGACUUUGCAAACAGGUUUGUCGGUGGAGGAGUAAUGGGACAUGGACUAGUCCAGGAAGAGAUCCGGUUCCUCAUCAACACUGAGCUCAUUGUCUCUCGCCUCUUUACUGAAGCCUUGGAAUACAAUGAAUGCCUCAUUGUCACAGGCACUGAACAGUACAGUAAAUAUGCUGGCUAUGCUGAGAGUUACAAAUGGAAGGACAGCCACAAGGAUGAGACUCCCAGGGAUGACUGGCAGAGAAGAUGUACAGAGAUUGUGGCCAUUGAUGCUCUCAGAUUCAGGCACUUCCUCGAGCAGUUUCUCCCAGAGAAGAUGACUAGAGAGCUUAACAAGGCAUACUGUGGAUUCUUCCGAAGUAACGCCAACAGCAAACACCUCUCUGCAAUAGCCACAGGCAACUGGGGUUGUGGAGCUUUUGGUGGGGACACACGGCUCAAAGCACUGAUUCAGUUGAUGGCUGCAGCCGAGGCUGGGAGAGACAUGGCCUACUUCACAUUCGGAGAUGCUCAGCUCAUGAGAGAUGUUCAUGAAAUACACACUUUUCUCACAGAGAGGAAAGUCACAGUCGGGAGGCUGUACAACCUUUUGAACCAGUAUUCCAGUUUGGUGUGCAAGAAUUGCCGCACGACUCGACCUGACGUCAGUCUCUAUAGUUUCAUCUAUGAGAAAGUCUCUUCCCCCGCACCCACUGACGCCCUGGACUCUGCCAAGGAUUCUGGGAUGUCCCCAGUAACAUCAGACUCUCAUUAACAUGGACAGAACUGGAACUCGACGUCCCUCCUUGUCUCUCCACGUAGAAGAGACUCCAGGUUCACAAACCUCAACGUGCUCUCAGCCUUGUGCUUACAAUCACUUCUUCUCUCACACACUCCCUUUAAGUUUGUGAUCCCAACACACAAACUACCAAAACACAGUCUUGCCUUUCUUGUUGGUGGUAUUAUAGGAGCCUCGUAGUGUGUCACCAAACGUGGUGAAAUGUUUCAGAGACUUAUAGCAAUAGUAAAUCCUGGUUGCUGUUAGGCCUUUCUUUAGUGGAAACGUGAUGUGGAAUUCUUUUCUUUUCACACUAAUUACAAAUAUGGCCAAAUAUUCCUCAUAUGCAUGGUUGUGAUCACUUUUCAUUAUUAAUAAUCCAGGACAUGAUAAUCCUCUGUAGUUAUCUUGUCCUAUAUUGUGUUUGCUACUUUUUCUGGAUGAGUUGUCUUCUCUAUUUACCAUCCCCAGGCUGUGGUGAGGUUCCUGAAUGUAGAGAGAUGAUGAGAUGCCAUACUGUAGUCUAUGCAUGGGUAACAUUUAUUUAUCAAAUAUUCUACAAAUAUAUGCUGCUCUUUUAUAAUCCCCUAGGAUGUCAAUGCUUAACACACAUAUCACCCUUAUUUUAAUAUGAGUCAAAACUGUCAAUAAAAUGUGACUGGUAUGAAAAUCAUCUCAGAUGAAACAGAUACAAACAACUCAUUUUCAUCCUCAGACCUUUUAUUCUAUUCUGAGAAAUCAUUUUCAGAUAUAUUCAGUGUGAAGCACAGUAUUGCUACUGUAUAUACAAAUAAAGGGGGAGCAUAUCAAGAAAUAAUUGCACGCAAAGUAUUAUUUUUGUUAAUAUUUUUACUCAACAUUUGCUUUGAGGAUAUAGUUAUGUUUUCUAUUAUUUACUGUAUUUUCUGAUUGACAGUGCGGGUUCUAUUUAAUAAUGGGUUCAUAAUUAGAUUAAAGGCUGUAAAUAUAUUGCAUAUUACUGUACUUUAGGUUUGUAGGUUGUACUCUUUAUUAUUAUAAUUUCUUAAUUAAAGUAUAUCCUGUUAAAAUGG